GUUAGGCAGCCGGAAACUGCAGUGCAUUCAGGCUUUGCGAUUGGCUGAAAGUUCCCCGCGAAAAUGACGUAGCACACAAUUUCGCGCCACAUCUGUAGCAGUCGGACGCCUGUACAAGAAGAGAUCUCCCACCAACCAUGUCUUCCCCUGCUUCAACACCUGGUGGCCGCAAGCGUGGAAGGAAUACCAACCCUGCCACACCAAGCAGCGAGGGUCCCACCUCGCCUCCUUCCCAGAGGCGCAGAGGCCAAGACUCCUCCGGUGGCGAUCUGAUGCCGAUGCCGACAUCCCCAGCCACGGACGUUCUCAGUCCGGCUGCCCCUCAGGACACCUCUCUGUUCUCCAGCCCCAGACCAUCAGUUAUGCCAAAUGAAGUGGACAUAAGUUCCCCUCUGGGUUACUGGACCCCAAGCUCCAGGGUUGAAGGGACCCCGAGCUCUAGGGUGGAAGGGACCCCGCGCAGUGGCGUCCGUGGCACACCGGCCAGACAGCGCCCUGAUCUGGGGUCAGUCAGGAAGGCUCCCCAGGUGGAUCUACAGUCGGAUCAGCCAAGCACAGAUGGUGCAGUAGCCAGCGAACCCAAUGCAGGCCACAGGCUGGUGAUCUGGGGGACUGACGUCAACGUUGGAACCUGCAAGGAGAAGUUCCAGAGGUUUCUGCAGAGGUUCAUUGACCCGACCUCCACUGAGGAUGAGAACGCUGGUCUGGAUCUAAAUGAGCCGCUUUACAUGCAGAAGCUAGAAGAGAUCAGUGUUGUUGGUGAUCCCGUCCUGAACGUGAACUGUCGACAUGUGCAGUCUUUUGAUGCAGAGCUGUACAGACAGCUCAUCUGCUAUCCACAGGAAGUCAUCCCAACCUUCGACAUGGCGGUCAAUGAGCUUUUCUUUGAGCGUUUCCCCGACUCGGUCCUGGAGUACCAGAUCCAGGUCCGCCCUUACAACGCCCUGAAGACCCGAAACAUGAGGAGCCUUAACCCAGAAGACAUCGAUCAGCUGAUCACCAUCAGCGGCAUGGUGAUCCGCACCUCACAGCUCAUCCCCGAGAUGCAGGAGGCAUUCUUCCAGUGCCAGGUGUGCGCCUUCAGCGCCCGGGCAGAGGUGGAUCGCGGCCGGAUCGCCGAGCCAGCCGUGUGUCGCAAUUGCAACACCAACCACAGCAUGGCGCUCGUUCACAAUCGCUCACUCUUUUCAGACAAACAGAUGAUCAAAAUCCAAGAGUCCCCCGAAGACAUGCCAGCAGGCCAGACGCCGCACACGACUAUUGUGUACGCUCACAACGACCUGGUGGACAGGGUCCAGCCGGGAGACAGAGUGAACAUCACGGGUAUCUACAGAGCAGUCCCGAUGCGCGUUAACCCCCGUCAAAGCAACGUGAAGUCGGUCUACAAAACUCAUAUAGACGUCAUCCACUUCCGUAAGACGGAUGAAAAGCGCCUGCACGGUUUGGAUGAAGAGGCCGAGCAGAAGCUGUUCACUGAAGACCGCGUGCAAACCCUGAAGGAACUGGCGGCCAAACCCGACGUUUACGAGCGGCUCUCCUCUGCCCUGGCACCGAGCAUCUACGAACACGAGGACAUCAAGAAGGGCAUCCUGCUGCAGCUGUUCGGCGGCACCCGCAAAGACUUCAGUCAGACGGGCCGGGGCCACUUCCGGGCCGACGUCAACAUCCUCCUCUGCGGAGAUCCCGGCACCAGCAAGUCCCAGCUGCUCCAGUACGUCUACAACCUGGUGCCCCGCGGCCAGUACACGUCGGGGAAGGGCUCCAGCGCUGUGGGUCUCACCGCCUAUGUGAUGAAGGAUCCGGAGACCAGGCAGCUGGUCCUGCAGACGGGCGCCCUGGUGCUGAGCGACAACGGCAUCUGCUGCAUUGACGAAUUUGACAAGAUGAGCGACAACACGCGCUCGGUGCUGCACGAGGUCAUGGAGCAGCAGACCCUCUCCAUCGCCAAGGCGGGAAUCAUCUGUCAGCUGAACGCCCGCACCGCUGUGCUGGCCGCUGCCAACCCCGUGGAGUCUCAGUGGAACCCGAAAAAGACAACGAUUGAGAACAUUCAGCUGCCCCACACGCUACUGUCCAGAUUCGACCUGAUUUUCCUGAUGCUGGAUCCCCAAGACGAGGCUUAUGACCGUAGGCUGGCUCACCACCUGGUGUCCCUUUACUACCAGAGCGAGGAGCAGAUGGAGGAAGAGUUCCUCGACAUGGCCAUGUUGAAGGACUACAUCGCAUACGCGCGGACGUACAUUAAUCCGAGACUGAGCGAGGAGGCCAGCCAGGCCCUCAUCGAGGCCUAUGUGGACAUGAGGAAGAUCGGCAGCGGUCAUGGGAUGGUGUCUGCCUACCCCAGGCAGCUGGAGUCCCUGAUCCGCUUGGCGGAGGCGCACGCCAAGGUCCGCUUCUCCGAAAAGGUGGAGACCAUCGACGUGGAGGAGGCCAAGCGGCUGCACAGAGAGGCCCUCAAACAGUCGGCCACCGACCCCAGGACCGGAUUUGUCGACAUCUCAAUUCUGACGACAGGUAUGAGCGCUACGGCGCGCAAACGUAGGGAGGAGGUGGCCCAGGCACUGAAGAAGCUGAUCGAGACCAAAGGAAAGACGCCGGCCAUGAAGUACCAACAGCUCCUCGAUGACCUCAGGGGACAGUCUGAAACUGCGAUCACCAAGGAGCUGUUUGACGAGGCGCUGCGAGCCUUGGCCGAUGACGAUUACCUGACUGUCACUGGGAAGACCGUCCGUCUGCUCGCCUGAGGUGCACCGCGAUUUCAAAUCCCGUUUCAAUGUCUGUUUUUUACAAAGUAAGAAAAGUUUGAGUAAAAACAACCAUUUAUCAUUCUGAUAUUUAAAAAUAUGGUCAGAAUUAAACCAGUGACUCUGAAGGGUUUGGGUCAGGUUUUGUGUAGAAAAGAUGGCGUGGAGUCGAGGGCUUGUAAACAAAUACAUACACAGGCUGAUGUAGUAAUAUUAAAAAAUAUACCUUGUUAUUGACGCACUUUUUUUUUUUUUUUUUCAUUCUCUGGUGUAUGAGGUGUAGUUUAAAUUUAGCUUGCUUAAACUUGUGUUAAUAGAAGAAAAAUAAAAUGUUGCACAUAAUAUUUUUUUUAUUUUAUUAUAGUUUGCAGUCAGUGUCCUAAGUUGUUCAGUUAUGUAUAAUUGAGAAGCUUUAACAUUUCUGGACUUUUGUAUGUUUUGCAUAAAGGAUUUUCCAAUAAAGAAUAAUCACAUUUUCAGAGAGUGAAAUAAUCAGAA